AUGGAUUGCUUGGUGAAUGUGUUAGGCAGAGUGGGAAUAGAAUCACUGCUAAUUGAUGUUCCAUCUGUGUGCAAGUCAUGGUACAAAGCCACGAGGAGUCCUCUUUGCUGGAGAAAACUUGAUUUUCUUGAAAUCUCACUUGAUGAUUGCACUUCUUUAUUUUUCUUAGCAAGAUUAAUCGAUGACUAUCAAGUGAAAGGAAAAUUCUCUUUCACAACAAUCGUCAAGACUUUAGUUAAGCGUAGUGACUACAUCCACUGUGUACAGCUGCCAGCUGAUAUAGAUCAUGAUGUUGUGUCCAGGGUCCCAAAACUCAUGGGCAAUUGGAAAUAUUUGGAGUUUUUACGGUUUGGAACCACCUUUAAAAUGGAAGAAAUUCUUGCCCAAAUCAGCAUUCACUCCAAAAACUUUGCUGGUUUCUCUGCUUUCCAUACUGAUAUUAAGAAAGAUGAAGCCACAUCUAUUGUCACCUCAGUUCCAAACAUAGAGUAUUUGGGGUUAAGUGUGGGUGUGGGUGUGUUCGUCCAAGCAGACACCACCACAUUCAAAAAAGUAGUCCAAAUGCUGACCGAAUCAUCAAAAACAGCAAAACAAGCCUCGAAACCCUCCUCCGAUCCACCACCACAGUCCUCCAAAAACUACAUACCCCCAAUCAAAACAGGACAAAAAAAACAAGGAUUCAAGGUCUACGAGAGAAGGAAUAGCCUGAAGAUAAUCAACCCUUUGAUUCAGAUUUCUAGGUUUUUGAUCGGAAACCCUGAGAUCUUAUCGCCGAGCAUACUAGAUUUUCCAUCGCUGGUUCUGAGUCCUGUGACGCCAUUGAUUGAAGACCCAUUUAACAAGUCUUGUUCGCCAUCGAUUGGGAGUUCUUCUUCGGAGGAAGAGAAAGCGAUUGCAGAGAAGGGGUUUUACUUGCACCCAUCGCCCAGAACUACGACGCCGAGAGGAUCGGAGCCACCGCAGCUUUUGCCUCUGUUUCCGGUGACAUCGCCCAAAGUUUCAGAGUCGUCGUCUUCUUGAAGAUGAUGAUGAAGAAGAACAAUUGGGAAUCGUUGUAAUG